GGACGUUCAUCAGUCUACAUCCUUCGGGACCCCAGAGUGUGCGCCAUGGAACAGCACUUCACCGACACAGGCUCUCCUCUGGAUCAGUUUCUGUGCGAUGGUCUGCGGAAGAUGAACUAUGUCGCGCAAGUUCGAGUUGGAUAGAAUGGGUUAGCUAUGUGGAAAGCCUCGCUUGUAUGGUGCUGGAUUGCGCUGUUUCUGUUCUCUGCAGUCUGGAGUGGCGGUCUAGACCUACAAGGGCCCCUCUUCAUGCAGGAGCCCCCUCAUCGCGUCGAGUUCAGCAACAGCUCGGGAGGCAAAGUAGAUUGCACGGGACACGGAAGUCCCGCUCCGGAUGUGGAAUGGAUUACGGCCGACGGUUCGCCGGUGCACCAGGUGCCGGAACUAAGACUACUAUUCCCUAAUGGAUCCCUGGUGUUCCCGCCGUUCCCGAACGAGCGCUAUCGGCACGACGUCCACUCGGUCGUCUACAGGUGCAGGCUGAGGAGCCAAUUGGGGGUGGUCGUGAGCAGGGACGUGCAGGUAAAGGCAGUCGUCAAGCAAAAAUACGACGUCCAAGUCCACGACGAGUACGUGACAGCUGGAAACACGGCCGUUCUGAAGUGUAAAAUCCCGAACUAUGUAUCGGAAUACGUAAUGGUAACAUCCUGGGUGCAGGAUGAGACAAUAAAUAUCUACCCGAACACCGACAUCGGAGGCAAGUAUGUCGUGCUCAGCAAUGGCGACCUGUACAUCAGCAAUGCAGGACCGGGGGAUGGUUACAAGAACUAUGCGUGUAGGACUGUCAACAGACUGACAGGCGAAAUACAAACAAGCACAUACCCAGGCAGGAUAAUAGUGACAGAACCCAACGGUAACGUACAACCCAGGAUGAUUGUUGACAAAUACAACGCUCGACGAUGUGUGCUUGGGGAGGAUGUCACCCUGCCUUGCGUCGCACAGGGACAUCCGGUUCCGGGAUACUACUGGAAGAGGGAACUGCAGGGACAGAGCGUGCCAGUGGCCUUGGGGGAGAGGCACAUCCUCCUUUCAGCGGGGUUGUUGAAGAUCACGAAGGUCAGAUUAGAGGACAGGGGAGUGUACGUGUGCUUCGCGAACAAUUCCGCCGGGGAGGAGAGCGUGAGGGUGACCCUGGAGAUCACUGCACCCUUAUCAGCCCAUGUCCAACCUCAAGUGCAGGUCGUGGACGUCGGCAAGGAGGCCAGUUUCCAGUGUAUUCCAAAUGGAUUUCCCGUGUCCCAGGUUUCCUGGAUGCACAACGGAAAACCAGUUGCACCAGACAGCCGCGUUGAGGUCAUGGUCAACCCUCCACGCCUUACUUUACGCCAUCUCAACAAAGAAGACCGCGGAAUGUACCAGUGCUUCGUGAGCAACAACUGGGACCAAGGACAAGCCAUCGCCGAGCUAGACAUGGGCGACGCGGGUCCCGAACUAAUCCACUGGUUCUCCGAACAAACCCUCCAACCAGGUCCCAUGGUCUCCCUCAAAUGCGUAGCUUCCGGGAAUCCCCCACCUCAGUUCACCUGGAGGCUAGAUGGUUUCCCUCUGCCCGACCAUCCCAGGAUCCUGGUGGGGCAAUACGUCACCUUCCAAGACGACGUCAUCAGUCACGUCAACAUCACCAGCAUCAAGUCCGAGGACGGUGGAGAGUACACCUGCACCGCCCACAAUAGCGUUGGGAAGAUUUCGCAUAGUGCCAGAGUGAACGUUUACGGUUUACCCUUCAUCAGGGAGAUGCCGAAGAUAACGGGAGUGGCCGGUAGUAGUUUAGUGAUUAAAUGUCCGGUAGCUGGUUAUCCUAUCGAGACCAUAACGUGGGAGAGGGACGGUCAGAUGUUGCCGGUAAAUAGGAGGCAGAGGGUUUACGCGAAUGGUACUUUGGUGGUGGAACAGACUCAAGUGAAGGAUGAUGCAGGUACUUACACUUGCCAGGCGCAGAAUAGGCAGAGGAAUUCUGCAAGGAGGAACGUGGAAGUCCAAGUGAUUGUACCACCGAAAAUAAUGCCGAUCCAGUCGAUGACCGGCCUCCUGCGCCAAGGAAUGCGAGCCGCCAUCAACUGCCAGGUCAUGGAGGGCGACCUACCCCUAACCUUCACGUGGGAGAGGGACGGCAAGGCGGUAGCCAACAACGCGGCCCUAGGCCCCGUGAUAAGGAGGAUAGACGAGUUCUCCUCUCAACUGAUCAUCGAUCAGGUGACUUCCGACCAUACAGGAAAUUACACCUGCAUCGCCAGCAACGUAGCAGGCCGCGAAAAGUACGUCGUUCCGCUGACAGUCAAUGUGCCCCCCAAAUGGACGGUAGAGCCGUCGGACACGAACGUGGCCUCCUCCCAAGACGCCAUAUUGCACUGCCAGGCCGAGGGCUACCCCAAGCCGGUCGUCACAUGGAAAAAGGCCGUAGAAGAGCAGCCAGGGGAGUACAAAGACUUCCUCUUCCAACCCAACGUGCAGCAAUACCAGAACGGUUCCCUGAGCUUCGUUCACAUAUCAAAGGAGAACGAAGGCCAAUAUUUAUGCGAGGCGAAGAACAACAUCGGAGCGGGAGUCAGCAAAGUGAUAGUCCUCAAAGUUAAUGCUCCAGCCCAUUUCCAGCAAAAAUCCAAGCAGGUGCAGGUUGUCAAAGGUGAACAGGCGCACUUGCAAUGUUCCGCAUUGGGAGACGUACCUAUGGAGAUCACCUGGAAGAUGGGAGGACAACGGAUGACCAAGGAGGGAGGAGAUCCAAGGUAUAACAUCAGGGAGCAGACGUUAGCAGAAGGAAUGGUUUCGGAACUCGGGAUAGAGAGAACUAUCAGACAGGAUACAGGCAUCUUCACCUGCUCCGCCAGCAACGCCUACGGCAGCGACGACAUGAACAUCCAGCUCAUCGUACAGGAGAUCCCCGAGGCUCCGAGGAACGUCAGGGUCACCGAUCAAUUGUCGAGAUCCAUAGGGAUAUCCUGGACACAGCCGUACGCCGGGAACAGUCCCAUCACGAACUACAUCAUCCAGUAUAAACCGGGGUCAGAGGUAUGGCCUAAUCAACCAACCAAGGUGACCGUAUCCGGAGCCCAAACUACAACGAAUAUCCCAAACCUGCGCCCCGCCACUGCAUAUCACCUCAGGAUACUAGCGGAGAAUCGCUUAGGGUUGAGUGAUCCCAGUCAAACUGUCCAGGUGAACACCCUCGAAGAAGUACCAAGCGGUGCUCCCCUGGAUGUGAGAGCUGAGGCUAAAACGUCUACAGAAUUGGUGGUCACUUGGGAACCACCCCCGAGGGAAACUUGGAACGGUAAUCUCCUGGGGUACCACGUGGGGUUCGCAGAAGGUACUGGAAACGCCAAUAGUAUCCACAGUUACACUUUCAGAAGCGUGGAGGUUCGACAACACUAUGGCGGUGAAGCCACGCUGCAAAGUCUUUCGAAAUUCACAACCUACAACAUUAUAGUCCAGGCUUACAACAGCAGAGGAUCUGGACCUGCUAGUGAACCAGUAACGGCGAGGACUCUAGAGGAUGCUCCAUCCUUACCACCAGAGAAUGUUCAAUGCUCAAUAAUGAGUGCUCAAUCUUUACACAUAUCAUGGGAGCCACCCCUUCAAGAAGGUCGAAACGGUAUAAUACAGGGCUACAAGAUAACUUACCAUUCCGUCGGGGAGUGGUAUGAUAACGAUGACCAACAGACCAAGAAUACAGCGCAGCUGAGGACGACGCUGUUAGGAUUGAGAAAAUUCACCAACUACAGCAUCACAGUGCUGGCCUACACUGCCAGAGGAGAUGGCGUCAGGUCGGAGUCUGUGUACUGCCAAACAGAAGAAGAUGUUCCUUCUGCUCCUGCUGACAUCAAGGCCGUCUUCAGCAGCUCCAACAAGAUUCUGGUUUCUUGGCUUCCACCAACGUUCAGCAACGGACCUUUAAUAGGAUAUACCUUCUACAUGAGCCUAGUUGAGGGUGGAAGGGGUGAAAAUACCCACAAGAGAGUGUUGAACCCUACCACCCAAAUGCACGAAGUUGUUAGGAUUCAAGACACUGCCACAUUACAGUUCUGGGUCACUGCUUCCACCAGAAUUGGAGAGGGUGAAAGCACACGAGUAGUAACUGUCACUCCAUCCAAAAAUGUCCCAGCACGCAUAGCAUCCUUUGGAAGACAAGUAGUCAGCGCUUGGAAGCAAGACGUCAACCUAGACUGCAAGAGAGUGGGCAUCCCCUUACCAACUGCCAACUGGCAUCAUUCCGACCUUCCCCUAGAAGUGGGUGGACGUCGCAUCAUCCUCCCAAACGCCACCCUUGUCAUCAAGGACGUGCAGAGCUCGGACCAAGCCAACUAUUCCUGCAUAGUUGAGAACACUUAUGGCCGCGAUGAGAUAGUGUAUAGUCUGAAGGUGCUUGUACCACCUGAUGCACCAGUGUUGAGUGUUAUAGAGUCUUUCACGGAUACCUUGCAUCUUAAAUGGUCAGACCAAGGUAACGGUGGCUCACCCAUCUUGGGCUACGUCAUAAACUAUAAGAGGGACGCUGGGGACUGGGAAGAGUUGCAGAUUGCCGCCCAUACGGAUUCUCACAUGCUGAGGGAUUUGUCUUGUGGAACCAAGUACCUGAUGUACAUCACUGCGUUCAACAGGAUCGGGACUGGACUGCCAUGUGACAUCGUGACGUCGCACACCAAGGGAACAGUACCAAUCAAGCCUAAACCAUCGCAAUCGCUGACAAUGAACUCAACCGUGGUGACAGUAUGGUUGGACACCUGGGGCGAUGGGGGUUGCGGAAUUUCAUACUUCUCUGUCGAAUUCAAGGCAGCCUUGCACUCUUCGUGGACCAUGGCAUCGAAUCAUAUCAAGCCAAACGAAAGGAUAUUUAGCAUAGGCGACCUGUGGCCUGGCACAGAAUAUUUCCUAAGGAUAACGGCCUAUAACAAUGCUGGAUACACAGAAUCCAUUCACAACUUCACUACUCUCACUUUGAGUGGAGGGAUUCCAGAAAUAAAUCCACCUGUUCAACACUCCGAAGACCAACAACCCUAUUUCGCCAAAAUUAGGGUUUGGCUACCGAUCUGCUUAUCCCUCACAGUUGUGAUAGUCCUUCUGCUGGUGGCCGCCUUUCUGAGAAGAAAAAUCCAACAAGACAGAGAGAUCCAGAACCAAUCAAUCGGAGAAUCCCCCACCAUGGCUCAGUUGCAGAACAAGCAGAACCGGGAUCAGCAAUACCUGGCGGUCAGGGUGGGACGCGCCCCCCAGCCCAUCGUGGACGAUACAGAAACGUACAAGGCGGAAUCCGCCGACUACAUCGAGGACAUUUGUCCUUACGCAACUUUUCAGUUGUCCAAGCCGGUGUACAGCGAAAGCUCGUACAGCGGCAACGUUUAUAGCGGUCCGUACCAUCCGGUACGCGGGUCUUUUGUUUAUCAUGACGUUAAACCACCACCUUUUGAUAAGUUAACAUUAGGACAUAAUAAAGAACAUGAAUAUACUAAAGUGAGAAGAAAAGGUGGAAGACUGAGAGAUCCUCAUUCUGAAAGCCAAGAGUCUGAUAACCUGGGCAGCACUGACUCGGAAGUGAAGAAGAUUCUAACGCUUCAUCUACCUAUUUCAGAAUAUGACACUCUUGGCUCGGACUCUGAAGGGGAUGGAAGGGCGACAAGCCAAGAAAUGAUGUCGUUCAAUCAAAGAAUGAGAGGGGGCGCCGAAGGAACUUCGUCUUCAUCCGAAACUUCUCCGCACUCUGGUAGUAUAGGUAGGAAACCGUACCCCUCAAAGAAAGGAAAGAACAAAGUACCUGCCCUGGGAAAGAGGCAUGUGAGAAGUAGCAGCGGAUACUCAAGUCACAACGAUGAAACAACAUUUAGCAUAUCCCACGCCCCGAGUUUCAAUGAUAGAAUUCACCCCCCUAGUAGAUUUUCGGAUAUGGGUGGAUCCAGAGAACUGACAGAGUCAGAAUACGAAAAAGUGAGAGCAAGGGGGAUGACCAAACUGAGCCGGGAAGCCUUUCAGAUUAAUGUAUGAGAAUAGAUGAAGCCAGAAAGGCUUUCUUGUAAUCUAAAGUGUUCAAUGCUGAUAUAAGAACGAUGUCGACUAGGAAAAUAUCUAAAAAAAGAUCUCUUUUAUGGAUAAAAAAAUUUUGUGAUCCCCUUUACGAAAUUUCUAGGAAAAUGUUUGCACUUAACAAGAUUACUUUUUUCCAUGGAUAUUGUACAGUUUGCAGGAGACUUCGAGAGUGGUUGGUGCCUUUAGCGGAUUAUAUAGUGUUGAAGAAACUCAUUGGUGUGCCAAAGAGAUAUACAGACAAGAUAAUAAAAACGUGAAUAGUAAAAAAUGUACGUUAUAGAUUUUAUAGAUUGUUAUUUAAUGUUGAAAAAUAAUUUAUUAUUUUCAAAAACUAGAAUUUGUGUUAUGUUCCAGAACAAGUAAUUCCAAAUGGAUGUAAAAUUAUACAAGUCUUCUAUGAAAUCCCGCUGAAACUAUUUUAUUGUAAUUUUCCAUUAUACAUACAUACCUUAUAUCACAGAUGUACUUACUACAAUUGAAUAAACUGUUAUGUUGAAGUAAAAUCGGCGUAAAUA